AUGGCGGAACAGGCUCUAGGUUUAACCUUGAAUGCCGUCCCCGUCGUUCUUAAACAUGGCGACAAAGUUUGGGAUCCUGUCCAGCACCGAUACCGCAAGAUGCGAGGCAGAGUUCCGGAAGAAGAUCGAGACAUCUAUGAUCAACGAACAAUGGAAGAAAAAGGAAUGGUGCUACGUCGCCGACGCGAUGUGGGGUCGGACGAGGAAAUUGUUGAGGUGGUCAGGCACAAAGGUGAAGUCCUCCCAAGACGCCCGGGACGAUAUGAUCGGCGAGCCAGUUCUAUGGACAACCGAGCCAUUGCAGCAGGAGCGGCGGGAGCUGGUGCUGGAGCCAUGGUCCCUUAUCGUGACCGCCGCAGUGAUGACUACUACGAUUCAGAAGGCUCCGUCCCUCCGCGAUCUCGCGUUCGAGCAAAAUCUAGCUCUGGUCGAUCUCGUCGCCGUCGUGGUUCUUCUAGCAGCUCCUCGUCCUCUUCAUCCCUCGAUUCUUCCACCGAGGAGGAAAAGAAAUGCCGAAAAGUGGCUCGCAAGAAGUGGAUUACGGCUGCAUUGGCCAGCGUUGCGACCAUUCAUGCUGCCUCAAAGGUCUAUUCGUCGAUAGAAAACCACGACAAGCGCAUUGAAAGUGUCAAGCAAGGCACUUUGUCUCCAGAAGAGGCUCAUAAACAACAACGAUCAGCACGCUGGCAAGAUGCGGCGGCCAUUGGAAUUGCAGCUCUUGGCAUCAAGGGCGCCGUCAGUGAGUGGAAUGAAGUAUCCUCCGAGCAUAUGCAUCACAAGGAGAUGUUACAACAACGAGAAGAACAUCACAAGAAACGAUUGGAAAGAGAGCGACGACGCCGGGCGAAAGAAGGCGGAGGCUACUAUAAAGGUCGAGAUGGCAAUUGGUACUACGACGGGCCUCAACCACAAAGCAGCGACAGCUAUCGUAGUGGUAGCGUGCGAGGCAAAUACGACGAUCGGAAACAGAUUGAAGACUCCAACCGCGAGAGACGGAUGAUCGAGUAUGAAGAGGACCGAGGGGAUAGAGAUAGACGUGCGGUGAGUCGUAGCCGUCACGGUGACUAUUGA